CCUAGAAAUAAAUCGAAAUUACAAAAAGGAAAAAGAUAUUACGAAAUUGCUUCAAGUUAAAACCCUGGCACCGUGUUACUAAAACCUCGUCUCUUUUGAGUACCGUAGCCGCCUCCACAUUCCUUUCACUCUUCCGAACAUUGAAUUUUCAUAUUCUUUUUGGCCGAAGCUCCGUCAAUGGCGAAGAACAAAAGAGAGCGAAACCAAAAUCCGCAGCCAUUUUUAGCAGAUGACGAUUCCGUCGCCUCUACAAAGAAACACUCCAAAGCUCCCAAACACCACCAGAAGCAAGACAAAAUGAUUUCGUCGGGGAUGAGCUCGAAAAUCCUGAAAGAAGCGCUUCUUCAACAGAAGGAAAUAGAAGAAGAAGCGUCAGGAGGGAUCGCUAAGAGUGCGUUCGGUUCGGUUGAAGAAGAACCUAACAAGCAUGAGGAAGAAGAGGACAUUGACGAUUUUGGUGGCUUUUCUGAGACACAAAGUCAAUUUGGCAACUAUGAAGAGGAAAUUGAUGAGGAUGAUGAGAAAUUGCUGGAGGCAUUCUUAUCAAAGGAUGCUGGUCCACAAAGGACACUUGCGGACGUUAUAAUUCAAAAGAUCAAGGAGAAUGAUGCAAAUGCUGCUUCAGAAAAACAACCUUUGCCUAAGUUGGAUGAGUCUCUUAUUGAUUUGUAUAAGGGAGUUGGCAAGUUUCUGAACAAAUACACAACUGGGAAAAUGCCCAAAGCCUUUAAACACAUUCCGUCAAUGCAACUCUGGGAGGAUGUUUUGUACUUGACUCAGCCUGAGAAUUGGUCUCCAAAUGCGAUGUUUCAGGCUACAAGAAUAUUUGCUUCCAAUUUGGGUGCUAAGAAGGCAGAGCGUUUUUAUAGGCUAGUCUUGCUUCCACGUGUUAGAGAUGAUAUUCGGAAGAAUAAGCGACUUCAUUUUGCCCUAUAUCAGUCUUUGAAGAAGGCUCUAUACAAACCUGCUGCAUUCAACAAGGGAAUAUUGUUUCCAUUGUGUAAGUCAGGGACAUGCAAUCUCAGAGAGGCAGUUAUCGUUGGGAGUGUUCUUGAAAAAGUCUCCAUUCCUAUGCUUCAUUCAAGUGUUGCAUUAAUGAAGCUUGCGGAAAUGGAAUAUUGUGGCACAACAAGUUAUUUCAUAAAGCUUCUUUUGGAGAAGAAAUAUGCUCUGCCAUAUCGGGUUGUUGAUGCUGUUGUUGCUCAUUUUAUGAGGUUUCUUGAGGAUACAAGGAUAAUGCCAGUAAUAUGGCAUCAGUCUCUUCUGGCAUUUGUGCAACGGUACAAAAAUGAAAUGCUGAAGGAAGAUAAAAAUAACCUUAGAGUUCUACUUGAGACUCAAAAGCAUAAAUUAGUUACACCUGAAAUAAUGAGGGAGCUAGAUAACAGCCGUAACCGAGGCGAGAAGGAGGAUGAUCCUAUGCUAUUAGCAUCUUCUGUUCAUGUGAUCAAUAAAACCAUUGAGGAAGACAGGUUUGAUAUUCCUGAAGUACCUAUGGAGGAGGAUUGACUUUACGAUUGCUGACCCCAUUGAUGCCUUGACUUCCUGAUACAGGAUUUUGAUAGGGUUGCUGGACGAAGCCCCUUAAGUUAAAUGGUAAAACUGGGUAGCUGAGAUGGGAAGUACACGAGGAGUAAGCAUGAAUUCUCGGGUGGGGUCUUGCCAAUUAGAAGUUAUCGAGAAGGUUAUACCAUGAUUGCAUGUAAAAUAUGAUUGCUAGUAGGGGACCUUUACAAUUCUUUGAACUUGUUAAAGAUUUAGGGUUCACAUAGGUGACAAAUUUUGCCAUGAAGAUUGCAGGAUGAAUUUUGUUUAUGCCAUUUAUAAUUUUGUGGCACCUAAAUUGUUUUUAAGCAGUUCGUACCAACUUAAUUAUUUGUUUGAUGAGUGUUAAA